GACGGGACGGGGGCCAAUAUGGCGGCAGUCGUGCAGCCGAGCGAACGCGCUCUCGAGGUGAACCGCGCGCGCUUACCGACGACAACCGCGUGAAAUGGCCCGGCUCGGGCGCGCAGUGCCAAUGUCCGUCACGCCUAUCUCAUAGCUCGCACGAGGCCGUCAGAUCGUUACGGAACCGCCGGCGAUGCUUGCUUGACGCAACACGCGUUCUUUGAUUUAUUAACCGGGUCGAAAAAAAACACAGCUCGUACCGUUCGUUUGCUUGCUUGCUCGUUUCAAACCCGCGCAUCCUGUCAGUUAUAGUAAUAUUAUAUCACUGUACUCUCACGGAAGCAUCGUCAUUCUCUUAAUAUCAUCGCAAGUCUUACACGCGUGAGGUCUCGCAUCACUUCGUUUGUCAUGGCAACAAAAAAGUAUGAUGAUGGCGUUAGUGAUGAUACUAGUGGGAGUGACUUUGAUGAUGAAGAAGAUCCAGAUAAAAUUGAAGUGCCUGGAGGAGGUAAAGAUCUUGCAACCGCUGCUGGAAUUGCAAGUAUCAAGGAGGAAAAACCUUCCACAGAUUUGCCAACAGAUUCUGUGGAAAAAGCACAAGGGGCGUUAAGUGUAUUAAACCAAAAAUUUGGCAAUAAAAUUCCUGGUGGUUUAGUGACUAAAACAGCAACACCUGGUUAUGAAAUGGUGCGUGUAGGAGGCUCUCAAGGCAAUGCAAAUGCACCAGGCUUUGUUAAUGCAAAUCAAUUGAAUCAAAUGAAUCAAUUAACUGGUGGAUAUGGCGGUUUUCCAUCUGGUUUAGCUUCUCUUGCAGGAUUCAAUCCCGCUGCUUUUUUGCAAUCAGGCGUGGACAUAAACGCUUUGAUGGGUAGCUUCAUGGGUAUGUCUGGAAUGAACAUGGGAGUUAAUCCUUUUGUUCAGCUUCUAAAUCAAAGUGGAAUGCAUCCUGCUAAUUGGUCAGGUAAGUCUGUGCCACAGAUGUGGAUGAAUGCAGGUGAUCCGACCAAAAUGAUGCAACCAAAUAUACCGGAAGAGGAAGAAGUCGAUGACGAAGAUAUGGGUGUUGCCGAGACUUAUGCUGAUUACAUGCCAACAAAAUUGAAGCUUGGGCGAAAGCAUCCGGAUCCAGUUGUUGAAACAGCGUCCUUAUCCAGCGUCGAGCCGACGGAUGUUUGGUACAAGGUGUCUAUACCAGAGGAGUCAAUACGAUCUGGUGCGCUCUCUGCCCUCCAACUGGAGUCCAUCACAUACGCUUCUCAACAGCACGAACACUUGCUGCCGGAUGGUACUCGCGCCGGAUUUCUGAUCGGUGAUGGUGCAGGUGUCGGCAAAGGCAGAACUAUAGCCGGCAUAAUAUUCGAAAACUAUUUGAAAGCUCGAAAACGUGCCAUUUGGGUAUCAGUGUCGAACGAUCUCAAAUAUGACGCCGAGCGCGAUUUGAAAGAUAUAGGUGCAUCCAAAAUCGAAGUUCAUGCAUUGAAUAAAUUCAAAUACGCGAAAAUUUCGUCAGCCGUGAACGGCAACGUGAAAAAAGGAGUGAUCUUUAGCACAUAUUCUGCAUUAAUUGGUGAAUCAUCGCAAAGUGGCGGAAAAUACAAAAGCCGGUUAAAACAGUUGUUGCAAUGGUGCGGCGAAGAUUUCGAUGGUCUGAUUAUUUUCGAUGAGUGUCAUCGGGCGAAAAAUCUGUGCCCUACUGGAAGUUCAAAACCUACUAAGACAGGAUUAACGGUCUUGGAGAUACAAAAUAAGCUUCCGAAGGCUAGAGUUGUAUAUGCCAGUGCCACCGGUGCUUCUGAACCUCGCAACAUGGCCUACAUGGUACGACUUGGCAUGUGGGGCGAAGGUACACCUUUCCCAGAAUUCAACGAUUUUAUCGCCGCCGUGGAGAAACGUGGUGUCGGCGCAAUGGAAAUUGUUGCUAUGGAUAUGAAGCUGCGUGGCAUGUACAUUGCUCGGCAAUUAAGUUUCCACGGUGUGGCCUUCAAGAUUGAAGAAGUGCCUCUCUCCAAGGAUUUCACGAAGAUUUACGAUCAUUCAGUGCGACUGUGGGUGCAAGCGAUGCAAAGGUUCCAAGAAGCGGCGGAAUUGAUAGAUGCAGAAAACCGCAUGAAGAAGACAAUGUGGGGCCAGUUCUGGUCGUCGCAUCAACGUUUCUUCAAGUAUCUCUGUAUAGCCGCGAAAGUGAAGCACGCGGUGGCUGUGGCUCGUGAGGCGGUAAAAUGCGGCAAAUGCGUGGUGAUCGGUCUGCAAUCCACUGGCGAAGCGCGCACUCUGGAGCAAUUGGAACGCGAUGACGGUGAACUCAGUGACUUUGUUUCUACCGCAAAGGGUGUUUUGCAAACGUUAGUGGAAAAACACUUUCCGGCGCCCGAUCGCAAUCGUAUCCAGCGUCUUCUGGGCUUGGAACCACCUAAGCUCAAGUUAGAGGAUUACGAUGUGGAUGCUGGUGGUUCUGGGGGUAAAAGAAAACCAGUUCGGCAAGCUGCACAACGUGCGUCGAAGAAAGUGCGCGCUUGGUCGUCGGAAGAGGACGAAAUAUCAGACGAAGACAGAAAUGGUGCUCACAGUUCCGGCUCCGAGUUUAAAUUAACUGGCAGCGAAAGCGAGGACGAUCACCAUACCGACGAAGAGAGUAACGUCAGUUCCGAUUUUAACCCAUUCUUUAGUGACAGCGACUCUGACACUGAUCCUUGGGACAGGCGAAAGAAAAAAGGCAAGAAGCAAAAGAAACCCGCGAAAAAGCGUUUGAGUACACAGGAUAAGAUUCAGUCGAUGUUGGUACACAAACAGUCCAGCAACAGAAACAAACGCAACGGCGACACAGCAGUCGGCGGAUCCAUGAACAGCAUGGACGGCGGUGUGCCUCAUAAUCAGGCACCCCCUAGGGAUGCCAUUGAAAAAGCUUGUAGCAUGAAAGAGCAGUUGUUAUUGCAAAUAGAAAGUCUUGGCGAGCGAUUGCCGCCAAACACACUAGAUCAAUUGAUAGACGAGCUCGGCGGACCCGAGAACGUCGCGGAGAUGACAGGUAGAAAGGGUCGCGUCGUGCAAACGGAAGAUGGUGCAAUACAAUAUGAAUCCAGGUCAGAGGUGGACGUUCCCUUAGAAACCCUUAACUUGACGGAAAAACAGAGGUUUAUGGACGGAGAGAAAACCGUAGCGAUCAUCUCCGAGGCGGCCAGUAGCGGUAUCUCGUUACAGAGCGACAGGCGAGCGAGGAAUCAAAUGCGACGUGUGCAUAUCACGCUCGAGUUGCCGUGGAGCGCGGACAGAGCGAUACAGCAGUUCGGACGAACGCAUCGAUCGAAUCAGGUGAACGCGCCGGAGUAUAUAUUUCUUAUAUCGGAUCUGGCCGGAGAAAGGCGAUUCGCUUCGAUCGUCGCGAAGCGUCUGGAGAGCCUGGGCGCGUUAACGCACGGUGAUCGUCGUGCGACGGAAACUCGAGAUCUCUCGCAGUUCAAUAUCGACAACAAGUACGGUCGCGCGGCGCUGGAAGCGACAAUGAAGACCAUAAUGGGAUACGAAGCGCCGUUGGUGCCGCCGCCGCAGGACUAUCGCGGUGAUUUCUUCAAGGACGUGGCCGAUGCGCUGGUGGGCGUCGGUUUGAUUUGCAACAGCGAGAAUACACCGGGCGUGCUCACUCUUGAUAAGGAUUAUAAUAACAUGUCAAAAUUCUUGAAUCGCAUCCUCGGCAUGCCGGUCGAUUUGCAGAAUCGUCUGUUCAAGUAUUUCACCGAUACGCUCAACGCCAUCAUCACGCAAGCCAAAAAGACUGGUCGCUUCGACAUGGGUAUCCUUGAUCUCGGUACGUCGGGAGAGAACGUCCACAGAGUGAAACUAUAUCGGUUCCUGCGGAAGCACGCGACGGGCAAGGCGCCGACGGAACUGCACGUAGUUCAUGUCGAACGCGGUAUGAGCUGGGCUGAAGCCACGGGCAAGUGCUCAGAGCUUACCGGAUCCAAGGAGGGCUUCUAUUUGAGCCACCAGAUCCGUAAUGGCAAGCAGACGGCCAUUCUCGCAAUCGCAGUGGACGGCGGCAAGAAGAAAACUGAGAGCAAGAAGGAUCAGCUUUAUAUGGUGCACAGACCCAACACGGGACUUCAGCUACGACAGGAAAGCCUAGGUGAAUUAGAGAAAAAAUACAAGAAGGUGAGUGCGGAUGAGGCGGAGCCACACUGGACGCAGCAGUACGAGGCCUCCGUGAAUACGUGUUCGCACGCGUAUUGGAGCGGCAAUUGUAAAAACACUACCCUCGGGAUAGACUGCGAAGUGGGGCUGAGAAGACGUUCCUAUAAUGUAUUAGCCGGUUCGGUUCUGAGCGUUUGGAGCCGCGUGGAGAAUGUGCUCGCUGCACGAUCAGGACAUAAUUCUAAGAUGCAGGUUGUACGGUUGCGGACGGACGAAGGGCUGAAGAUCGUCGGCACGCUUAUUCCAAAGUCUUGCAUGGAAGCGUUGCGUCAAGCACUUUCCUCUGACGCAGAGAACACGGAGGAACUGGCGUUGUAAACAUUUUGAGUCGUAUCGAAAACGUGAAUAGGACCAAGCAAGGCUAUCGACAUAGCGUAAUACGCCGCGACUGUAGAAGAAACCCCCUCUUUUUCCAAAACUUUUCGUUGGAAUGCAAGGAGAGGAGCGAAUUACGUAUGUACGCAUUACAUAUAUAUUACUUGCCUGGAACCGUUGACGCGCCGCAAAGUAGAUUCCAAAUUGAAUCUAUUAGUUAGCAAGGUAUGUUAUUUUACUGUGUCCCACGUGAAGAGCAGAUGCAAACAUGUUCGAUUACAAAAGAUCAACACAACCAAGACCACAAUUUUCUUAUUAUUAUUUUUUUUUCGUCAUAUCUAUACAAUUUCCACGAGAUUGUAGCAUUCAUUCACCGCAAUGUAGAUUUCUAAGUAGUUUGACCAUUUCCCCUGCCCUUUUAUCAUUUCGUAUAAUUAUUAAGCUCCGUCGGGUAUAAUAAGACGUUUACUUUUUACAUUGUCGCCAUUGUAAUAUUUUUGCCCAUGAGAUUCUAACGGACAUAGGGUAUGGCACACAGUAGCGAAUACAGACUCGAUUUAUCUCGGCUGUGCCCCGAAAGAAGCGUGAACAAAGAAUGCGUAGAGGAACGGCAGAGCAGCAUUUUCUGCAUGGAAAAUGUGAAAUGUAAUCGACAGUCCGUAUAAUUUAAGAUGCGUUCAAUUUAUUUAAGCUAGCCCGUAUCCCGCGAACUUAAACACAGUGUAUCCGAUCAGCAUCGAUUGCUGCUUUCGAAACAGUGCCAGUAGAUCCGAUUGAUUGUGAUAAUAAUUAUCGACAAGACGAAUAGCAUUAACAAGAAAUAGCGGGACGAUCGCGGCAAUCGAUUCUCUUCGGACGAGUACAGAUGUAUACGCGAAUGCUUUGGUUUUCCUUCGAUCGUUUGACCGACUAGACGACGAGGAGAAAGGCGUUACAUACAUACACACAUGCUACUGCUACUGUUACUAUAGCUACCAUUAUUACUAUAAAUUACUGCUAAUACUACAUUAGUGCUAGUACUACCGUUAAUAAAAUACUAUUAAUAUUAUCCAGAUGUGGGGAGACGAGGUAAUUACACACACAUACACACACACAACACACAGUGCUUAUGCCUUUUCCGAUCUUGCUAUAGAAUUUAAGAAGAAACGCGACUUACUGUACUAAAGUGCCAAGUUAGACGUUCAAUUUCUUCCUUUCAUCCUUUUAGUUUAGUUUUUUUCGUUUUUUAUUAUUGUGACGGAACACGAAUUGAACGUAAAGAAAAUGAAUUUUGAUCGAUAUAUUAUGUAUUAUAAAAUACAUUCCCCGACGGACAACUAUAUUCUAAUUUUUA